CUGCAGUAAAUGCCCAUAGCAGAGGAAGAACACGAAGAAGAAGGAAGGAGAGCGGCGAGGUACCAGGCCACGACCUGCAACGGGGACUUCCUUAAACGAGGUUAUAUAACUUCCGAAAUUGUGACUUCAUCUUGGCUUUGUAUAAUCUACAAAGAGAAAGGCGUCGAAGAGGAUUCUCUACACCAGAACGUUUUCCGCGAUAUUUUCACUUUGGCACAACAUUUCCUUCAGUUUCACACGGAUCAAUAUGGCUGAUGACUUUGACGUUGAGGCCAUGCUGGAGGCUCCAUACAGAAAGACUUCCCUAAUGAUAUCUCACCUCUACUCCCAUGAAUUCAUCUUUGAUUCCACUGUGAACUGUGAAAAAAAGGAAGGUAGUUAUUGCGCAUAUACUGAUGUACUGUGGUUCACUUUAGGACUAAAAGAGAUUCAACCCAGAACAUCCAAUCCCUAUUCGGUUGCUACAAGGUGAAUGCCAAUGGUUGAUAAGCCCAUCUUUACUUGUCCAGCAAAGGAGGCAGUAUUCAGAUUUACAAUCUGUAUGUUGUCGCUGUUUAUGAAUGUGCAGGGUUUUUUCAAUAAGAGCCUUUUAAAUGGAAAACUGUUUUGUAUUGUUAAAAAUCUCCUCAGUGUGUGUGUGUGAUUUCAACAUUAUUUUUCUGUUAUAUAGCAUUAACAAGUCUAGUCUUUAGCAAGAAUCAGUAUAUAAAGUUGUGCUAAAGUAUAAUUUCCUCAGGCAGUUGUAUUUGUAUGUAGUUGUGUCUGUGUCAAUCUGUGAGUGGCGUAAUUCCUGAAGUUAUAAUGCAGCAAAAUUCUUGAAAAUCCAGCGAUUGCAUUUUUGUCAUAGUUCUACAGCAGAAUUAUCGGUGACAAGUUAUUUUUGUCUCGCUGGUAAAUAUGAAUACUGCCUCUUUGCCUUAGCCAACUGUAAUGUGAAUCAGCAUCUUGAUUUUUGCAUGCUACAGAACACCACAGAUAUUGAUAUAUUUCUAGAAUAACUGUAAAAUAGCUACAUCUGCCUUUUAUUGUAUGAUAAGAUGAUUUACUUUCAGUAGUUAAUAAUUCCUUAAGUCAAAAGGUUGUAAGUAUUACUGUAAACUGAAGAUGAUGGUAGUGUAACACGUGGAUGAAUUAAUCUUUAUUUAUUUAUUUGCUUGGGCGUCAAUAUUACUAAGAAGUGUGAAUCCCUGUUUGCUUCAGGGCAAGAUGUGUGACAGAGGUGGCAUCGAGCUCUUACAGUCCAAGAACGAAAAUGGGUGAAGAUCUCUGGACUGACACCAACCACACAGGAUCUCUUUUAGUGGCCAUGGGCCAUGCGUGGUCACAUGUUUAGGCACAAAUAGUGGCAUUGGUACGACCUAUUAGAAGGGUAUUGGUGGAGAUGACCUGACUAUUGUCAGCUUCCUGAACUGAGCUAAUAUGUUGGAAACUCUCCCUUAUCUUUGCUUUGUUGCAUUAACUAUUGAGCAGCUUAGUAAAAGAGGGGGGGGAAAAAAACAAAGGAUGGAGUGGGAUGGGAAGCUAUUGGGGUGGUGGAAGGACACUGUCCAGACAUGACUGUAGGAAGUUUGUAUUUUUAUUAAUUGAAUAUAUUCUGCAUUUUCUCUUGUCCCACCCCAUCCCCUUUACCUUGACGACAUGAAAUGUUUCAUCUACGUCCUCAUGAUGUUCUUCUAUCGACCUUGCUUAGGAUGAGAACAAGUCCUCUCAUGCAAAUGGACACGAUGACCAGAGCAAGAAGAAAAGGAGGAGUCGGAGCCGAAGCCCGGGCUCCAAGAAGAAGAGGAGCAGAAGCAAAAGCAAAGACAGAAAGAAGACUAAGAAGAGGAGCAAGAGCCGGGAAAGAAAAAGAAGCCGCAGCAGAGAGCGCCAUCGCAGCCGCUCCCGAAGCAAAGAUCGAGCUGGGCGGUACAGAGCACGCAGGAGUCCGAUUCGCAAACGUUCCAGAAGUCGGAGCCCCUUCAAAAAAGAAAAGAGCCCCAUUAGGGCACCAAUUGACAAUCUAACACCAGAGGAGAGAGAUGCCCGCACUGUUUUCUGUAUGCAGCUUGCUGCAAGAAUCAGAGCUCGGGACCUGGAGGAUUUCUUCUCAGCCGUUGGAAAAGUUAGAGAUGUGAGAAUAAUCUCUGACAGAAACUCCAGGAGAUCGAAGGGGAUUGCAUACAUAGAGUUUGUGGAGUCCUCCUCUGUACCUCUGGCAAUUGGAUUGACUGGCCAGAGGCUUUUAGGAGUGCCCAUUAUCGUCCAGGCAUCUCAGGCAGAGAAGAAUAGAGCAGCAGCUGCUGCCAAUAAUCUGCAGAAGGGCAGUUCAGGUCCGAUGCGCCUGUAUGUGGGCUCACUGCACUUCAACAUUACUGAAGAAAUGCUUCGAGGGAUUUUUGAGCCCUUUGGAAAGAUUGAAGGAAUCCAGCUUAUGAUGGACAGCGAGACUGGCCGAUCCAAAGGAUAUGGCUUCAUAUCGUUUGCAGAUGCGGAAUGUGCAAAAAAGGCAUUGGAGCAGCUGAACGGCUUUGAGCUAGCCGGACGGCCAAUGAAGGUGGGGCAUGUUACAGAGCGCUCAGACUCUUCAACAGCCAGCUCGUUCCUGGAUAAUGACGAACUAGAAAGGACUGGUAUUGACCUAGGGACUACAGGGCGUCUACAGCUGAUGGCUCGACUAGCAGAAGGGACUGGUCUGAAGAUCCCACCUGCUGCUCAGCAGGCUCUACAGAUGACUGGCUCCAUACCCUUUGGGGGCAUUGGCGCUCCAGCAGCUGUUCCAACCCCAGCUCCAAGCCAAGCUUUGAACCUCCCAUCUCAGCCACUGGCCACACACUGCCUUCAGCUGUCCAACCUGUUCAACCCACAAGCGGAAAAUGAUCCCAGCUGGGCAGCUGAAAUCCAAGAUGAUGUGAUUGAGGAAUGCAACAAACACGGUGGAAUCGUUCACAUUUAUGUUGACAAGAACUCUCCUCAAGGUAAUGUGUAUGUGAAGUGUCCCUCGAUACCAGCAGCCAUGGCAACUGUAAAUGCACUUCAUGGACGCUGGUUUGCAGGUAAAAUGAUAACAGCUGCCUAUGUUCCUUUACCAACCUACCACAACCUUUUCCCUGAUUCAGUAACAGCAAAGCAGCUUCUAAUGCCGUCACGCCGAUAGUCAGAGACAAGCUUCUGAAGUCUGUAAAUACAUUUGUUUGCAUUCAUGAAAAUGUCAUUGAAACAUUUGCAUUGAAAUUAGUUGGCUGUGUGUAAUAAAAGUGGCCUCAAGUUCACGUUCACCAUUUUGGGGGAAUUUUUUUUUUUUUUUUUUUUUGUUUAGUUGCUUUUCAAAUUUUUUGUGGGCUUGUGUUGUAAACUACCACUGAGAAGUAAUCUGCAGAUAUCUAUUGGUCUACAUGUUUUUAAAUAUUACUGUCAUAUCUGCUUGUUUAAAUUCAGAACUUUUAGAUUUCAAAUAAAAGUGCAGAGUUAG